GGAGUAGCUACAGAACCGAGAACUCCUCGAAACCCCGUCGAUAAAUUUCACGCCACAUCUUCUUGUUCUUCCUCUUCUUCUACGACUCUCUCUCUCUCUCUGUAUACGGACCCCCACAUGUUCGAUCUCACGGGACAUGGGGGGCGGCAAAUCUCCCGAAUGCCCGGCCGGCGCCGAGGAGGAGGAGGAGGACAAGGAGGAGGCGGCUGCGCCGCAGCUCCUGCGGGAGGCCGAGGAAUCUUUCUCCGGGAUCCGGCUCGCGGACGCCCCGAUCCUCCUGCUGGUCUACUUCCAUAAGGCGUUCCGCGCAGAGCUUGCCGAGCUCCGCCGUGGCGCGGCGGUCCUCGCCGAGAUGGGUCCCCAGGGUCGCCAGGAACGCCUGCGGGAGCUCCGCGGGAGGUUCGAGUUCUUGGUGCUGGCGUACGAGUACCACAGCGCUGCGGAAGAUGAGGUUAUAUUUCUGGCAUUAGAUUCACAUGUACAAAAUGUGGUGUGUACAUAUUCACUCGAGCAUAGAAGCACAGGCGAACUAUUCAACUCGACCAUUCUAUUCUUUGAUUUAUUGAUGGAGGAUGAUGAUAAUGAGCCCAAGCCAUAUCAAGAGCUCGUGCUUUCCCUCGGCACCAUCCAGUCAUCCAUUUGCAAGCAUAUGCGUAAGGAAGAAAAGCAGGUGUUUCGGCUGCUGAUGCAACGAUUUUCCCAGAAAGAACAGGCUUCACUUGUUUGGCAAUUCCUAUGCAGUGUCCCGGCCAUGCUUCUAGAGAAUUUACUUCCAUGGAUGAUCUCCUUCAUUUCCCCUGACGAACAGGAACAAAUCAUCGAUUUUGUUAAGGACACGGUCCCCAAAGAAAGCCUGCUGCAGGAGGUAAUAAUCGGCUGGAUUAGGAAGAAAGAUCAAUCAUACUUGACGGACAACAUUGAAAUCAGAGCAAUGCAUGAUUUAGAUGGCAGAUCUGCAAGUGCGGAAAGCACUCUCGAGCAGCAGCGAAUGAGUGUUGGAAAAAUUCCAAAAUUCUCUCUGAUUGAUGGUUUCAAUAUUUGGCACGGCGCCAUUAGGAGAGAUUUGGAAACAGCACUAAAGGCGCUCCAUCUACUCAAAAGCUCAGGGGUGUUUUCCAAUUUGUCAGCAGUACUUUUGCAGCUGAAGUUCCUUUUAGAUGUGGUAGUCUUUUAUAGCAAUGCAUUGCAUCAAAUCUACUAUCAUGAACUAAAUGAACUAGCCAAUGGCCGUGAAUUUUCCUCAUUUGAUUGGUUUGUGUACGAGAGCCAAAUUGGACGUCUUCAACAGUUGCUUCACAUUGAUGCGCAAGAUGAGAUGCUCCGAUGCAAUUAUAUAGAGCAGCUUUCCUGCGAACUGAAGUUGUUUCUAAUGGAAAUCAACAGAUUCUUUUCUUACCAAGAGACAGAGGUACUUAACGUGAUUAGCAAAAACUGCAGUCAUGAAAUGCAAAUGCAGCUUCUGCACACGAGCAUAUGCACGUUGCCUCUUGGAUGGAUCAAAUGUGUGAUCACUUGGUUUUCGGCUCAAUUAUCUGUGGAUGAAUUGAGGUCCAUUCUUCUUAACAUAAAACAAGGAGACAGUACGGUUGGCAGUUCUUUCACCUUUCUACUGCACGAGUGGUUCCACAUCGCUUGUUCAGGCAAGAAAUCCAUUGAUGAAUCCAGGACGGACCCACAAUAUUUGUUCAAAACAAGGUUGUUUACACUGCCCGAACAUUUCAAGGGAGAAGCUGAGUAUUCUGCUUCAACCUCACAAUCGAAUAAUAAAUCUUGCAGAGAAUCUUAUCCCAGGUUAUUGGGAACUGAUUCGGCCGCUCUGAUUAAGUUGAAUACAUCUCACUCUGGUAGAAUUGCUUGGAGCUCGUUCUUUUCUUUGAGGCCGAAGGCAUCGGAUAACUCUUUAAAGUUUCCAGCAGUGAAGAAUGAUGUCAUUUCCAAUAUGGAUCGGUGGGAGCCAGUCAAUAUUAUCUUAUUCUUCCACAAGGUUAUGGAGAAAGAUCUUACAAAUCUUGUCCAAAAAACACUUCAACUAACGGAAGAUGCCGGUUUCCUUGAAGAUUUCCGUAAACGAUUUGUUCUAUUAUGUAAUUUGUAUCAAAUUCACAGUACUACGGAGGAUGAGGUAGCUUUUCCAGCUUUAGAAGAAAAGGGCAAAGUUCAGAACAUAUGCUUCUCCUACACCAUUGACCACAGACUCGAAGCUCAACACAUUAUCGAUAUAUCGUCCAUUCUGGAUAAGAUCUCUAAAUUGCUCAUUUCUUCAAAUAAUUCUGAUUUAAGUGUGAGGCAAAGGCAUCGUCAUCUUUGUUUGAAGCUUCAGGAUAUGUGCAGGUCCAUGCAUAGGAUAGUCUCUGAUCACAUCCGAAAUGAGGAAAUUGAAAUUUGGUCGUCAGUUAGGGAAUGCUUAUCUGUUGCAGAACAGGAAAAGAUCAUAGGCUGCAUGCUUGGUAGAAUAAGAGCAGAGGUACUACAAGAUAUGAUACCAUGGCUUAUGGAAUCUUUGACACCCGAAGAACAGCAGACAUUGAUGUCCACAUGGAGACACGUGACGAGAAACACGAUGUUUGACGAGUGGUUGCUGGAAUGGUGGGAGGGGGAUAAUGUGGAGAAGGAGGUGGAAUCGGAUAUCUCGCCUUCAAAGACUGCAGAUCCUUUAGAGAUAAUCUCGACGUAUCUAUCCAAAGACUUCCUUGAGGAACACGGGGAGAAAAUUUGCAACCAAGUAGUUAACUUUCCGCAAGGGCAUGCUACCAUUUCCAAAUCCAAGCAACUGAAAAUGAGCGCAGUUGAUAAAGCAAAAUUGAAUAGGCAUAAGUCUGAUGUGGAAUAUUCCAAGUGCACAAAACUUUCUAAUGGUGAUGCGGAACCAAAUAAACAUCUGCAAGUCAGCCAAAAGUCCGAGCACCAAGAGAAUGUUUCUGCGAUGAGUCAAGAAGAACUGGAAGCUGCAAUUAGGAGAGUGUCCCGUGAUUCUUCCUUGGACCUGCAUAAGAAAUCAUCCAUCAUACAGAAUCUGUUAAUGAGUCGUUGGAUUGUUGCACACCAGAAAUCUAACUCGGCUGUCACUGUCUCAAGCGAUGGAGAAGAAAUACCCGGUCAUUCUCCAUCCUAUCAUGAUCAGUUAAAGACGACUUACGGAUGCAAGCACUACAAGAGGAACUGCAAGCUUCUCGCUGCAUGUUGCAACCAACUCUACUCGUGCAGGCGAUGCCACGAUGAGGAAAACGAUCAUUCAGUUGACAGGAAAUCCAUAACCAAAAUGAUGUGCAUGAAAUGUUUAACGAUUCAGCCAAUUGGAACCACAUGCUCAACAGCUUCAUGUGAUAAUUUAGUGAUGGCCAAAUACUAUUGCAGAAUCUGUAACAUAUAUGACGAUGAAAGGGAAAUCUAUCACUGCCCUUACUGUAACUUGUGUCGCGUGGGAAAGGGAUUGGGCAUUGACUACUUCCAUUGCAUGAACUGCAAUGCUUGCAUGUCGCACUCCCUUUCAGUUCACAAAUGCAGACAGAAAUGCUUAGAAGAGAAUUGCCCUAUUUGCCACGAGUACAUUUUUACAUCGAACUCUCCAGUAAAGGCCCUCCCCUGUGGCCACUUGAUGCACUCGGCAUGUUUCCAGGAGUAUACCUGUACUCACUAUACUUGUCCGAUUUGUAGCAAGUCUCUAGGAGACAUGCAGGUUUAUUUUCAAAUGCUGGAUACACUCUUGGCCGAGGAGCAAAUGCCAGAUGAGUAUUCUAGCAAGACCCAGGUUAUUCUCUGCAACGACUGCGAGAAGAGAGGAAGCGCAUCUUUUCAUUGGUUUUAUCACAAGUGCCCUCAUUGCGGUUCAUAUAACACAAGGCUGCUUUGACUCCAACCUAAGACGCAUACAUAUCAGAUAACUCUCCUUGACAUUCAGAUAGCGCAAAAAACAAUUCUGCAUUUUGCCUGACGUAGAAAACUAUCUCCAUCUCCUGAGGAGGGAAAUGGAAGAAGCAAGAGUUUGCGAUCCGUCAACAUGGGGGAAUUGGGCUAUGUUCGAGUAAUGUUGCUUGUUUUUCUUGUUUAAGUGGGUUUAGGUUCGCAUGAGUUUCUCCAUGUAUCUGCUUCACAUGAUGCAGAAAAAUCCAGUGUUUGAGGAAAUAGAAAGUUCACCUUUUCAUAGUGGGAAAAGAUGAAAUGGGUGGGAAGAGCUUCUGGUGUGCCAACAUUGCAACAAGUUAAGUCACAAAUGUUUGUGCCAAGUGCAGUAAUGUUAUACAGUACGACGGCAGUG